AUGACGGUCGCUCGUCCUCUGCAUGUCACGGGCGAGCAUGCUGUCGUGAGCACGGGACCGCCAGGCAAGAAAAGUCAAGCCCACUCUAGUUUGACGCUGGUCGAAAGAGAUGCUGAAGGCAGGAUGAGGAUACGAGCCGGAAACGACCGGGAUCAGGAGGACGACCUACCGCUACCCAGCCCGCCCCGAGGGGACCUGUUUCUCGUGCUCGGCCUCCCUGGUCAGUUCCAGUUGGGGUGUGACACCCUGGCGAUGACGGUUCCGGACUCCCAGACGCCGUCCAGUCCGAUCGGCCUCCGAGAUCUGCCUCCAGGGGCACACUUCGUCUGGGUGUCAUCACCCGGUGCCAUCUCUCGCCAAGGCUGCUGGUUUUUCUCAAAGCCGGAUGUUAGUGUUGUCCAUGUCAAGCAGUGGGACCGUUACAACGAAGUCAUGGACGAGUGCGCCCUCCAAAAUGACGCCCGCUUCCUUGCCACGGAAGUGGCGACUCUCUGCCCAAAACUGCUGUCCUACAAUGCCGACGUGUCUGGCCAGGGCCAGUCUUUGUCCGGCAUCUGGCCGCGCCUCACCUCCUGCAUUACCGAGCAGCUCCUCAGCCGAGUGGCCGGCAGGCCAGCCACCGACCAUCCGGUCGAGUGGCUCUUCAAUACCACAGACACUGCUAUAGGAGAGCAAGACGUACUGGGGCUGAGCAAGCCCGCAGAUGCAGGGCUCACCGAGCUCGUCUUUCUCUUGUCCUGCCACCAGAUCGACCCUCAUCGACUUAUGGCCACCAAAAGCCGAGACCCCUCCCAGAUGAACAGAGCCGCGGGUGAUGGAUCUUUGGUGCAGCAUCCCGAACCUGUGCUGUUUGAUGCCACGCUGAGCAUCACCGAGCUGCUGGGAAACUCCAACUCGUCGGCUGGCUACACCGAGCGUGAUAUUGUCGGCGAGCUCCAGUUCGCGUUUCUGACUGGCACGCUGAUCAGCAAUCUGUCCUGCCUAGAGCAGUGGUGGCACGUGGUUCUCAAAGUAUUCCUGCGUGCCCGCAGCCUUGUCACCUGCUGGCCGUGGCUGUGUCGUUCCCUAAUUCAGACUCUCCACUCGCAAUUCAUCUACCUGGACCGUCAUGUCGUCGGAGGCUUCUCACCCGGCUCGGGCGCCACCCCGUAUGUUGGCAACGAAGACGGCAGGGCCAGCAUAUUCGAUGUCAUGCCACACGGCGCUGCCCGCCUCCAAGCUUCGCUAGCUACAUACAGAGGCCAAUUCAACGGCGUGAUCCGGCACCUUGGAAAAGCAGUCGCUGGCGAGCAAGUUGCCGCUGACGAAGCCUUCGCCCAACUCGAGGCCUGGCUGUGGCAGCAUGGCUGGGAUCUGCGCUCUGACCAUGCGUCGCCAACCAUGUGCGAGGGCAAUGCCGAUCCCGAUGAUAGCAGUGACGACGAGAACAGCGGCGACAGGUAUAGGAGCGGGACUGGCGAUCGAAAGCUAGCACACCCACAAUCAGCUCAGACAGUCCAGAGUAUGCUGUAUGAGUCGGACGACGAAGAGAACCAACCCGUUCUCGUCGAAUUUGACAAUAACGGACGAGAGAUCGGUCUAGUCUCGUGGGACUAA